AUGGCCUCCCUCGUUGGGAAAACCACAAGCCCUGAGAAAGCCCAAGAGGUUGGGACUAGCUCAAAUGUCCUUGAAAUUACCCCUAUCGUUCCAUUAAGCAUGAUAGCCCCACUUAAAGAGCUUCAAGGUGCCCAAGUUGUAGAAUCAAAGCCUGAGCCUAACCCUAAAGCAGAUCCUGUCCAAACUAAGGAGGCUGAAGCCAGUGCUCCCCUGAAGAAAACCAAGAGGAAGAGGGAAUCGAAGAAGGUGACAAUUGUAGUGUCUGAAGAGUCAAAGGAGGAAUAUCCAACCCCAAAAACUACCAAAAAACCCACCCCCAAGAAGAGGAAAUCCAAGAAGGAUGGGGAGGCCAAAGUUUUUGCUAAAGAAGCAUUUGUUCAGCCAGACCUUGCUGAGGUUCAAAAGGAAGAAGUUGCAGAGAAGGCACUUGAGGAGCCUAAAGAAAAGGCUCAAGAAACACCAAAGAAGGAGUUGAAGAAGAGAACCCCUCCUAAGAAUAAAGUUGAGUCUUCCCUUGUUACAAAAGAGACUCCACAACCUCAAGAGGAACAAGUAACACUAGCCCAACCUCCCAAAAUAGUUGUUCAGGUGGAGAAAGAGAUAGUCAUGAAAUUGGAAGAGUUAGCUAGGAGGCAAACCAGAGUAACCCAAGUCCUGAGCCAGGAUUUACUAGACCUCUUCCUUGGUUCAAGUGCACUAGAGUCUUUCAGAAUAAAAUGGGGAGAUUCAGAGGUUGGAUGCAGAGAUGUUAUCAUGGGACAUACAUGA